AUGCAGAGUUUGACCUCUGAAACUGGAUCUGGAUUCCUGGAUGAGAAUGGAAUCUGUUACUGCACCAUCAACCUCCCAGAAGCCACCUUCCCAGCAGGUCGUUUUGAGAAGCUGGAGAUAGCAAACCACAACCUGACAAUCACCAUGGAGAAGGAAAUCACAAAGAUCUACAUAUAUCAGAGUACACUGACUGUGUACAUAGAGCAGAUGAAGAACUUAACCAAACGUGUGGAGGUCAUGGAGAACGGAGGCCUUUCCUACACUGAACUGGAGUUUGAGCUCAUCAAGUUGGAGAUCAAAGAGAUGGAGACCCUCAUACUGCAGCUGAAAACAUCAUUUAAUGGUUCCAGCAUCAUAAUAGAAAGUCUUUACCAG